UUCAUCUUGAUUUUACUCUGUGUUAAUCUUUAUGAUCUAUGAGGUAUAUACUUUAAACAUGGCGAACGGUAUUUUGAGUAGGCUUUAUGCAGCAUUUAAAACACUUAAUGAAGUAGCUGAUACUAUAUUACGUCGUGGCUUUCCAUCAGGUAAUUUAUACGCGAUCGAAUGUAACGCUAUUAAUGUGCAGCCCAUUAAUUUUCCUGGACGUUCUAUAAAGGAUAUUUUAAAUGAAACAAUUUUAUGGGCAGCACCUAAAAAACGACGAACUAUAGAAAAACGUCUUUGUAGAAGAUUUGGUGUUCCUAAAUAUAUUUGGAAACCCCAUGUACCAAAAACAAAUAUCUUAAUGUGUAAAAAAUGUGGUCACGAUUAUGAAGCUGGUACACUUUGUGGAUACUGCUAUGAAAUAGUAAAAAAGGAAACAAAAGAAAUACAGAAAGCUAUACAAAAUUCAUUAGGAUUGAAACCUGUUGAACAGGAUGUCAUAGUAUUAUAUGAAGGAGAAAAAGAAAAAUUACGAGAUGACUUUUGGAAGAAACAAAGAAUCAUAGAAUUACCUAAAAAGAGGCCUGAUUGGUUCAAUCCAAAUUUACUUCAGCCAACAGUGAAAGAAUUAGCUGAUUCAAAACAAGAAGAAUUAGAAACUGAAGUUUUGGAAGAUGUUAAGGAUAAGUGAAUAAUUAUUUUAUAUUGAUAAGCUAUUUUUGUUUAUAUUAAAUAAAGUUAAACAAAGUAAACUA